AUGGCUGCUGAGAACUCCACCUCCGUGGCAGAGUUUAUCCUCGCAGGCUUGACCGACCAGCCAGGACUCCGGAUCCCCCUCUUCUUCCUGUUUCUAGGUUUCUAUGUGGUCAACGUGGUGGGGAACCUGGGCUUGAUAACCCUGAUUGGGCUCAAUUCUCACCUGCACACCGCUAUGUACUUUUUCCUCUUUAACUUGUCCUUCAUAGAUUUUAGUUUCUCUACUGCCAUCGUCCCCAAAAUGCUGAUGGGUUUUGUCUCAGAGGAGAACAUCAUCUCCUAUGCAGGGUGUAUGACUCAGCUCUUUUUCUUUUGUUUCUUUGUCUGUUCUGAAUCCUUCAUCUUGUCAGCCAUGGCUUAUGACCGUUAUAUUGCCAUUUGUAAACCACUGCGGUAUAUGGUCACCAUGUCCCCUCAGGUGUGUUUACUCCUUUUGUUGGGUGUCUAUGGGAUGGGAGUUUCGGGGGCUGUAGCCCAUACAGGAAAUAUAAUGUUUCUAACCUUUUGUGCAGACAACCUUGUCAAUCACUAUAUGUGUGACAUCCUUCCCCUCCUUGAGCUCUCCUGCAACAGCUCUUACAUCAACUUGCUGGUGGUCUUCAUUGUUGUAACUAUUGGCAUUGGGGUGCCCAUUGUUACCAUUUUUAUUUCUUAUGGUUUUAUUCUUUCAAGCAUUCUCCACAUUAGCUCCAGUGAGGGCAGGUCCAAAGCCUUCAGUACCUGCAGUUCCCAUAUAAUUGUGGUAUCUCUUUUCUUUGGGUCAGGGGCUUUUAUGUAUCUUAAACCACCUUCUAUUUUACCCCUUGACCAAGGGAAAGUGUCUUCCCUGUUCUAUACCAUUGUGGUGCCCAUGUUCAAUUUCUGA